UCUGUCAGUAGAUGGAGUUCUGGGGAAAGAGGAAAGUUUACGAUAAUGCAACCAAGGGGACUCAAGCAACAGUUUAUGCCAGUCGCUCUACAAUUUCUUCGUAUCUGUAUUGGUUUGGUAAGGGCGACCAAUUUCGCACCGACACCCGGACAACGCUGGCAGAGCCAUGCAAUGCCUAGUGGAGCACCGCCAGCUUGGUACAACCUCACGACCCAAACGCGGCUACAGGGCCUUCAGCGAGAGCCUAAGAUACUCUCCUUUCCCGCAACGAUGGGUAUGCCCAGCCAGGUUAACUAUUGCAGUCCGUCUGGUAUUGGCCCGAAGAAUGUCCCCUGAUAUAUCCCGAACUGGCGACACGCCAAAGAUACGUUCUCCCAAUCGUUCCGUGUGUAAUGAAUUCAUCACAGUACUGAGGACGUCGAUCCUAUGCCUCGUUGCGCAAGUUUGCAGCGCCGUGAUCUCUGCUACUGCGAACCCUGCUUCCCCCGUACAGCAUUGGAAUACUAUUCGCCCGUUUAAAUGCACACUGGUUGCACGACCCGUCGUUUUGACGAUAAAACGAGGGAGACAUUGGACUUUUACAGGCGCAGCUGCACGACAAACCCGCAACGCUAUGAUCGCCAGUCUACUCUGGCCACCACCGCAAGUCGCUGGGACGGGAAGCUCAACAUCUGUAACUUGCCCCCCGAUCUGCAGCAAGCGGUGCCCCUCUUCGGCCCUGCCUCGAUGCAGGACAAAGGGGCAUAUCUAGUUUCCGAGGGUUGCAUCUCUGCUCGCACGAGAGGUCUGGAGGGAGAGGAGUAUGCCUGAGGUGUUUGAGGUUGAUGAGGGCGUAAGGGCCGUGGAUAUACUGGGACCAGCGUUACAUCUCGGAGGUGCCGUGCAGGGGAUCGGAGGAAAUCUGUGGUAUGCUGGCAUAGGAACGUUUCGUGAUGGCAACCAUAGUUAUUUAUAGG